AUGCCUACCUACAAGUUAUCAUACUUCAACGGCCGUGGCCGUGGCGAGACGGCCCGGAUUCUGUUCGCAUCGGCUGGAGUCAAGUUUGAGGACCACCGGAUCGAGAUGGCAGACUGGCCCAAGAUUAAACCAAGUAAUUACCUGUCCCUGGCCGACAUCUACACAUUCACGCUCCUGCAACCGCUGCUGGAUGACUCAGCCAAGGCUGCAGCCUUCAAGGACCACGGCGCCAUUAAGGAACAUGUGAAGCGCAUCGGAGCGGUGCCUGCCAUCAAGAAAUACCUCGAUAGCCGUCCAAACACUUUCUUCUAA